ACCGGGCAGCUGCGCUGGGGUGGGCCAAGCCUCAGGGUACCGGACCUCCAACGACUUUCCGGACGCCACGUUGAGCUUCAUCAAGUCCCACCCUCUCCUGGACGACGCCGUGGCCUCCGUGGCCGAGCAGCCCUGGUUCACCAAGACCUCCAGCCGGUACCGGCUGACACGCCUGGCCGUGGACCCCUCCGCCGGCCCUUUCCGGAACAACACCGUCCUGUUCCUAGGCUCGGAAGAUGGAGCCGUGCUGAAGGUGCUCUCCUGGCUCACCGGCAACCAGACGGUGCAGACUCUCCUCCUGGAAGAGGUGUCUGUCUACCAGCCCUCCCGGUGUAGCGUGAAGCGUGAGGACCGACAGGUCCUGGGGCUCCAGCUGGACAAAGCAAACCACGCGCUCUACGUGGCCUUCUCUGGCUGCGUGGUCCAGAUGCCCCUCAGCCGCUGUGGGUCCCACAGCACCUGCCGCAGGAGCUGCCUGGCUUCCCGAGAUCCCUACUGUGUUUGGCUGCCCUCCGGGACUUGUGCAAACUUCAGCCACAAAAUCAGAAGCGGAUUUGAACAAGAGCUGGAAAACUCCGCCAAGCCCUCGGCCGAUUGUCAAGACGGUGUGACCUCCACGGGGGAACACGACAGCCUCAGCGACUCUGCCUAUGGUCAGUAACCCCCUGUCGUCUU